AUGGAGCCGGUUAUUCGUCCAGGCCCAGUUGAUCCAUCUGUUCUACGGUUGCAGACUUCCCAUAGGAGCCACGAUGUUUGGAUUGGCGUAGCUGAUAGAGUUCUCUCAGUUAGGGAGCAUAUGGUCAGCGUGGGACGUGAGUGGAGGGUAGAGGGCGGAGUACUAGAGUACGUUAGGCUUGCUGGGUUUUACGGUGUGCAUAGGAUUUUGGGUGGAGGGUUUUUGCUUGAUCGAUCUCUUCUUAUGGCGUUGGUUGAGAGGUGGAGGCAGGAGACACAUACUUUCCACCUAGUGGUAGGUGAGGCCACCAUUACUUUACAGGAUGUCGCCGUCCUGUUAGGUCUGAGAGUGCACGGCCCUCCUGUCAUUGGACCUCCAUUUGAGGGAUGGCAUGACCUAGUUGAGGAGUUGCUGGGAGUUAGACCUGGCCAUGAUGAUAACGGUAAGCCGUUCUGGAGGGAUCUACUUUGA